GAUUUCCCCAGAGUUCCAUCUCCAUCUCGGAUGAGGUCGAUUUCAUCAAGACGCGUUGCGGCAGAAGUCCCAAUACUCCACAUUGAGAAUCACGCAGCCCGUCUCAUCCCACAUGAUUGAGGAAAUUGCCAGCGUGGAGCUGAACGGCCAGAAUCGAAUCGAGAGUCAAGGCCAGGACCAGGAUCAGGACGUGGAACCGCCCCCAAAGAAGCCCAAACGAUUCCAAUGUCACCAUUGCCAAAGAUUCUUCGCUCGCUUGGAGCACCUUCAACGUCAUGAGAGAACGCGUAUGGUAGACUUCAAGAAUUGAAGCGACUUGUUGCUCACGCGGUACCAGAUACUCGAGAAAAGCCCUUCGCCUGCAUGCAAUGCGACAGCAAAUUCACCAGGAGUGAUCUUCUUGUUCGCCAUGAAAGACUGAGUCAUGAUGCAGAGCGAUGGGGCAGGAAUGGACGAGGAGAAAACCGUGGUAGUGGCAACGGCGCACAGUCGACUUCGUCGCAAAGGCCUCAAGAUGCGAAUCUCAACACAUCGCUCGAUAGGACAAACGCAUCCAACUUGACCUCUCCCGCGUUCUCGACGUCUCAGAGCCUCAUGAAUACAAACUUCUUGUCAUCCAACACCACUCAAACGACGGCAGCAACCCCAAACAAUCAUGAUCUGUCCUUCGCCACACUCCUCAUGGCAGCCGAGCAUGCCCAGCCCCAAAACACUCAGUCGCAUGCUCAUGCUCCCCUCCAGCAACCGAAUCACCUCUCAAGCUCCAUGUUCUCGGUACAAGACCCGUUCAUGACUGAUCCGGCCGCGCAAUCGUCCAUGGAGGGUUCGACGGGUCAGCUAAACGCCCUCGGGGGAAUGGGUCUCGGCGGGUUUGACUUUGAAGACUCACUCCAGGAUUUGGCAAACUUCAUGGACAACGGCGCACUAUCAUCGUACCACUUCUCCUCCAUGAUCAGCGCGGAACAACCAAUACCCUUUUUCUCCCCAGAGUCGUUGACGCAAGCAGCGGAUGUGUUUCCAACAACUGAGCCACGGCCAGUCACCCAACCUGCUCACAACGCGGGCCAACAAGAAGAUUCAAGCUCAUUCUCUCGGUUUGGAUCACGACUGCCGUCCCUUCAACCGGAAGAAAGCCCGGCGGCACCGCAGAACGAACAGGACACUCCGCAGCGGCCCUUACACGACCUCAAUUUGGACGACAGGCAGAACGUCGCGGUCAAAUUGGCGGAGUUUUCGCAUGCUGUCCCCAGCAGCUUUCAACUUCCUUCACGGCUGGCGCUGUCGCGGUAUCUGGCCGGCUACGUCAAUGGCUUUCACGAGCAUCUACCAUUCUUACAUAUACACAGCAUCUCGGUCAACAACUGCUCGAUAGAGCUCAUCCUUGCCAUGGCAGCUGUCGGAGCUCAAUAUUGCUUCGAAGGCCAGAAGGGAGUGGAAUUGUUCCACGUCAGCCAGGGCAUUGCAAUGCAACGAAUCCGCCAGCGUGACGCCAGGUUGGCUACAUCGCACCGUUCCACUGAAACUCCGUCCUCGGUAUAUUCAUCAUCAGGGCAGAGGAAGAACAGCGAGAUUUUCCACGUCGAAGAAACCCCCAGAAGUGGCUCGUUGUCCGGAUGCCUUGGGCUCCCAUCCCAACCUGAAGACUCGACGACGGAAAAAGAAGACCUGAUGCAAACCGCUCAAGCAUUGCUUCUCCUCAUGGCAAUGGCGACCUGGGCCAAGCAUCGAGAGAUUCUCCGCGAAGCCCUCGCCAUCCAGAGUGUCCUCGCGACACUUGUGCGGGACGACGGGUUCAAAAGCCCACCAAUGUCGGAAAACAUCAGCUGGUCAGACUGGAUCCGACGCGAAACCAACAAGCGAACCAAGCUCAUAGUGUUCUGCUUCUUCAACUUCCACACCAUCGUCUACAACAUCCCAUCUCUGAUCCUGGCCUCGGAACUCGACCUCCCUCUCCCUUGCAACGCGUCCGAAUUCAAAGCACCAACCGCGGCCAAAUGGAAAGAAGUGCAUUCUCGCACACCACCCGAGGUCGGCUUACAGACCGCACUGCACCGGCUCUUCUCCCGCACAAGCAACGACGUCAAGACCUACAACUCCUCCCUAGGCAACUACGUGCUUGUCCACGCCAUCCUCCAACACAUCUUCUUCGUCCGGCACACCUCGCGCUACCGACUCGACCACGACAACGAGCUCCGGUCCGACGACGUCGCGGCCAUCGAGCAAGCCCUCCGAAACUGGCAACUGGCCUGGAAACGCAACCCGGAAUCGUCCCUGGAUCCCAUGAACCCCAACGGUCCCGUGACAUUUAACUCGACGGCGCUUCUCCGUCUCGCGUACAUCAGAUUGAACGUCGACCUAGGCCCCGGUCGGGCCCUGGACACGCGCGACCCCGUCCAGAUCGCCAACGCCUUCCGCGACAGCCCGUCGGUCAAACGCACGCCGAAACUCGUGCGCGCGGUGCUGCACUCGGCGCACGCGCUCAGCAUCCCCGUCAAGAUCGGCAUCCACCUGGUCGCCCAGACGCAGACCUUCAUGUGGUCCAUCCAGCACUCGCUGUGUACGCUGGAGUGCGCCUUCCUGCUGAGCAAGUGGCUGGAAGCCCUGAGUCUGCCGAACUCCGGCCCGACCAUCACCAACGACGAGCAGAAGAUCGCGACCCUGGUCAAGACCAUGCUGGACGAGACCGAGUUUGCCAUGCCCGUCGACGUGCCGAUGGAUUCGCCCGCGGCCAUGAAGUACCUCAGCGCGGGCGUGUUGAGGGUUUGGGCGCAAGUUUUCCGUGGCGCCCAGACUUGGGCGAUUGUCGAUGUCAUUGGCACGAGUCUGAAUAUCUAUGCUGAUAUGCUUGAGGCCGGUUGAGCUUCUCUUCGUUCGGAAGGUGAAUGGUUUUUGCCUACCUAGUAGCUAGGAAAGGACCAUAUGGGCUCAUUGUCAAGCUGGCAGCGGCGUCGGCCCAAAGCGAGGUCAUGAGUUGUGUGUUGCUCUACCCUCUACGAGUACUCGAUCGAUUUUGCCUUUUCCGGCAUGUAUUCAGUCUGGUGCAACCAAGCACCUACCAGGCGUACCUAUGAUACCCAAAUAAUACGUUACUUAACGCCCCCCCCGAAAGAAGUCCUUCUGAAACGAAGCAAGACCAGAUCCACACCACAUACGAUAGGCUGACUGUUUGCCUAUAACCUCUGUAGCUCAUGGUCGUAGAACUGAUACUAG